GUUGAGCACUGGCAAGACCGUGUGCGCGCGUUGAUGUGGUGAGGGAUGUCCUUAAAUGCCUCCUCGAGCUUCGGCCAAAUCUGUGAAAGAACAAUCCUCCACCUCCAUCCACCCUGCUCAUUCUCUGGCAGCGAGGACGGCAGAACAAAGCUCUGUCACAACUGUGCUUCCUGGUUGUCGCCUCCUGCCUGCAAGCGGCUGAACGUCGUCGUCCCCCCCCUUCGUAUCAUCAUCAUGCAGAAGGGGAUGAGCCAGACGCAAUGAGAGAUUCAGAUAACAACGGAUUUCCAAUUAAAUGCUUGCCAGUGGACUUCAUACUGCCUUUCGCGUCUUGGUAGAAUAAGAAGAAAUCAUUGCGGGCGGAGAAGAGCUGCUCCAAGUAUUGGAUAUUCAGCUGGACUACAAGGCAACGUGAUUAUCUUGUUCUUUCCAACCUUUGGACAAGUAUGGAGACUGUUUCCCAGGACACACUGUUGGAAUGCCAGAUUUGUUUCAAUUAUUACAGUCCUCGACGAAGGCCGAAGCUACUGGACUGUAAACACACCUGCUGCUCAGUUUGCCUUCAGCAGAUGAGGACCAGCCAGAAGGAUUUAAGGUGUCCAUGGUGCCGAGGUAUCACUAAACUGCCACCAGGCUUUUCUAUCUCCCAGCUGCCUGAUGACCCAGAGGUCAUUGCUGUGAUUGCAAUACCCCACACUUCAGAGCACACCCCAGUCUUCAUCAAACUCCCUAGCAAUGGGUGCUACAUGCUGCCCUUGCCCAUCUCCAAGGAGAGAUCCCUCUUGCCAGGAGACAUUGGCUGUCGCCUUCUGCCGAGCAGCCAGCAGAAGUCUCUCACUGUGGUGACAAUCCCAGCCGAACAGCAGCCACUGCAAGCUGGGAUCCCAACAGAGGCAGGCGAUGAGGAGCAAGACAGGAGAGGCAUAGUAAAAAGCUCCACGUGGUCGGGGGUUUGCACCGUCAUCCUGGUGGCCUGUGUGCUGGUCUUUCUACUUGGCAUUGUCCUCCAUAACAUGUCAUGCAUCUCUAAGCGUUUCACUGUGAUCUCCUGCGGCUGAAUGGAGGCUUCAGCUGUGAUACUCUUGUGGGCUAAGAUUUAGGGGCUUGGGGAGGGUGGUUAUGGUGGUGACAGGAUGCCGUGAAGUGAAGCAGUGUCACAGGAACCGUUCUGCAGUACUAAGUCACGGACAUUGGGCAAGCUGGUUGAUAAUCCAGAGUCUGUGGGGAAAAAUUAGGACCUUGAGACCUGCUGGUAGAGUCUGGGGCAUGUCCAAUGUUUAUUUGCUGGUAACAGUAUCAAAGGAAGACUGCAUGCGUCACCAUGAUCACGUAACAAAUGAGCUGUAAUUUAUAAUGAUUUCAUCAUGUUAUGAGAUUAAAGAUGUCUAUUUAGCUCGUUCUACUGUACAAGUAUAGGACAUGAUCUCUCCCUUUCUCGCUGUCUCUGUUUCUCUUUUAACAAAGUAGUUGAUUUACAGAUCAAAAUGCUGUAUGUUCAAGUAGAAUUAAACAUUCAGACUAAGGAAGUCAAGCCACCCGGUACUUCUCCAGACAUAAUGAAAGCAUAACUCUCUUAAUUUUUAAACAGCAAAAGGGAAAAUUCAGAGAGUCGAGUAGUUGUUACUCAAUAAGGCUUUUUUUGUAUCUUUUAAAUUGCACAUUAAUUAAAAAUGGUUUUAAAAAUAUGUGCUAUAGUUGUAGAAGGAAAAUGUUUUUUUCUAAAGCAUUGGAAGCAUUUUGGAUGUAAUAUAUUCAUGUGUUUAUGUGCAUUCUGUUUCCUUCUGUAGUUUUUUUAAUUAUUGGAAUGAGACCCAAGCAUAGAAACAAUAAAGGGAACUAGGAAGGUUA